AUGCGCAGGGUGAUUCUGUUCACACCGUCAGGUCUCGGUAUUUGCCUGGGGUUCGGCGAUGGGGCGUUAGGCUGCUGCUGGCCGGAGACCUACCUGGAUGUGGCUCUGCGUGGGCGACGCGACCGACAGAAUCGAGUCCACCGCAUCGUCCGGCCAUACUCGAGGCUCCUGUGGGGGGACGGGCCUUCGUCCCGCCCGUCGGCCAGUCCCAGGAACCACGGGUCCCGCAUCGCGGGUGCCUGA